AUGAACUUACCAAGUCGUUCCCCGCACGAUCAUACUCCUCGAUGUUCAACGAUCAAGGAAAUAGAGCAGAGUGAAAUUGAAGAUGGCAAUGAUGGGACUGGGACCAAUUCAUCCAUGCAAUAUGAGUUGCAAAAUUGCUUUGAUAUACACCUGAAAACGAAUUCAUCUGUUUGCCGAUGGUACUGUUAUGGAAUUCUAAAAGACGCAACCGAUCAAUUCUCCACAGCAAGAGAACUUGGAAAAGGAGGGAGCAACCGUGUUUUUAAAGGGAUCCUUCCUGAUGGCAAAGCAGUGGCUGUCAAGAUUCUGAAAUCAUCGAAAGAGGCAUGCAAGGAUUUUGCGAACGAAAUCGACAUAAUCUCCUCACUUAAGCAUAGACACAUCAUGCCUCUAAUCGGUGUCUGCGUUAAAGACCAUGAUCUAAUAUCUGUCUACGAUUUCUCGUCUAAGGGGAGCUUAGAAGAAAUUCUGCACGGGAACAACAAUGGAAAACAUGCCCUGUCAUGGGAACAAAGAUAUAACGUUGCUGUUGGGAUUGCCGAAGGCCCAAACUACAUACAUAAUGAGCUCUCUCGACCUGUUAUUCAUAGAGAUGUCAAGUCUUCAAAUAUUCUUCUUUCAGAUGGGUUCGAACCAAAGUUAUCUGACUUCGGGUUAGCAAUAUGGGGACCAACUGAUUCAUCAUUCCUACUUCAAGCAGAUGUUGUUGGAACAUUCGGGUAUUUAGCUCCUGAAUAUUUUAUGUACGGUAAACUUAGUGACAAGAUCGACGUCUAUGCUUUCGGCGUUUUUAUACUCGAAUUGCUAUCGGGAAAAAGACCUUUAAGCUUUGAGAAUCUGAAAGGUUGGCAAAGCUUGGUCAUGUGGGCAAAGCCAAUAAUAGAGAGUGGAGAUGUGAAAGGCAUAAUGGAUCCAAAUCUGAAUGGAAAUAUCGACGAGACUCAAAUGCAUCGGACGGUUCGAGCUGUGAUCCAGGGUCCAAAAAUCCAAUGUGCAGGUCCAACAGUAGGGCCUGACCCAGCCCAGGAACACAGUCCAAAGAUUAGGGUUUCCACGUUAAGUCCAGCGCCGCAUCAGAUCCUGGACCGUUGGAUCUGA